CAUGCACUUGGCCCUUCCUCGGCCAUGCUCUAGCCUUGUUGCCUCGCUCCACGGUUCCUGCGCCAUAUCGCUCACAAUUCAACUGGAGAGGCGCUCAGCUUCUGCGUAGCCGCUCGCACUGCCCAUGCGCGCUCGGCCAUUUGUUAUUCGCUUCUCUAGGAGUGUAACAAACACCACACUCGUCAACCUCGUUACACAGCGAGUGACACACAAAAGCGGCAGCCAUGUCCACCCUCGAACCCAGACCGCCCUACUCGGACGCCGAGCUGGCCGCCCUGUACCCUCCUCAGCUCCGCCUCCAGCAGGUCCAGAUCCUUCUCCGCCACGGUGAACGCACCCCCGUCAACGCUCGCUUCACAAACACGGGUCUGGCGCCGUUCUGGCCUUACUGCUCCUCCUACCGCAACCUGCGCUCCGCCAUCCUUGACCCGGCCGCCUCUGGCGCCGUCGUCCAGGGGAGGCCCUUCUCCACCUUGGAGUGGAAGCGCCGCCUCGAGACGUUUGGUGCCAACGAUGUCGCCGUCGUCGCUGCCGGACCCAAGGGCGAGCUAGACGGCAUAUGCGACAUGGGCAUGUUGACGGACCGCGGCCGUGAGACGACUCUUGAGCUUGGCCAGAGGUUGCGGAGGCUUUAUGUCGACCAACUGGGCUUCCUCCCUGCGGGCAUCAAGGACACAGACUUUCUGUACCUCCGUGCCACCCCGAUUCCUCGAGCCCUCGAGUCCAUGCAGCAGGCUUUCCAUGGACUCUAUCCGCCGCACACCCGCGCGCCAGAUCUGCCCCCUCCAAUGGUCCUUGCCCGCACCCCAUCUGACGAGACGCUUUUCCCCAAUGAUGGCAACUGUCGGCGAUUCGCCGCCCUCUCGCGUGCAUUUGCCCAGCGCGCCGCGGAUCGCUGGAACGAUUCCGAGGACAUGGCUUUCCUGAACAAGAGACUUGGCAAGUGGAUGCCCGACGACAGCCCCAAGGUUGCUGUUGAUGCGCGGCCGCGAUUGAGCGGCAUCAUGGACACCAUCAAUGCUACCAAGGCCCACGGCCCGGACACAAGAUUGCCAAAGGAGUUCUACGACCCCCAGGUCAAGCAAAUCGUCGAAAAGAUCGGCGUCGAGGAGUGGUUCGCCGGGUACAAGGAGAGUCGCGAGUACCGCACCCUCGGCAUCGGCGGCCUGCUCGCGGACGUGGUCUCCCGCAUGGUUGGCAGUGCCGAGCACACCGCCGCAGACGGGCGGUAUGAGGUGACGUCCCAGUCUCGUCUCCCCGAUGCCACCGCCAGACCCGUGCAAUUCGGCCUGAGCGGGUGCCACGAUACAACCCUCGCCGCAACACUGGCCAGCCUAGGGGCCUUCAACACGGACGCAUGGCCGCCAUUCACCAGCCAUAUCGCCGUCGAGCUCUUCCGCCAUGCCGAUACACCAGCACCCCCCGCCUCGUCCACCUCGGCCUCUUCGCAACUGUCCUCGUGGCUGCCCUCAUUUCUGGGCGGCUCUCGCGCCGGCGAGCAGCCCACCGGCAUCGGCCGCAAGCCCACCAGCGACCUGAGCGACUCGGAAAGGGCCAAGCUCCAGGGCUACUACGUCCGCGUCCGCUACAACGACCAGCCUGUUACCGUGCCGGGGUGCAAGGCCGCGGGUAAACAUCUCGACGGUGAUGAGUCCUUUUGCACGCUGGAGGCGUUCAAGUCUAUCGUAGACAAGUUCACCCCUCGCAACUGGAAGGCAGAGUGCCGCGCAAAUGUCAAGGCGCCGGCAUUUCCAGCCAAGGAGGAGCCGGCUGGAUUCUAGCUCGCUGGCGCGGUAAUAAGCCGCAUGCUGCUCAGUAUAUUUGCACGCAGUGAGUACUCUCAUAAAGGAGUUGUGGUAUCGGUGCAGAAUAUUGGGUCACAGCCGUGUACAGUCGUCGCCUUCAUUAAGAGCAAUUGGUGACCAAACCGUAUCUGUUCCGGCUAAUCACGCGCCUACGUACUAUUCCCCAGCUGACCGGAUCAUAACUCACAAGUCACGAUCAUCCAGCCCUGGCUCGGCCAUACUAGACCCUUUCAGUCCCUUUGAAAUGUCUGUCUUUGUCCCUGGCUUUAUUCAGUGCCCGAGGAAUGCCGAGCUCACGUUCCCAUCUCUUCUGGUCCCGCUUUCAUGCAGAGGCCCACCAUGCUUGUAGCAGGUCUGGCCGCUCGGCCUUUGCAUCUCCGUCCCUUCAUCCCCUCUCCGCUCUCUGGGGAUGCUACCACAACCGUCCUCGUCAUGCUAUCCCGAAAAUGACGACCCAUCAUACACUCAGCGGAAGGAGACUAUUAUCAGAAUGUGCAAAAAGAGUAGACGAAAAAGAAAAAGAACGUAAAGUAAGGUGUGUGCAGAAAGGACAGACGACCCCAAUUUCAAUUACAACAAAUACAAAUUUCUCAUGUCGUUUUGGGGCUGUGUGAUAUUAGUUUGCCACCUCU